GACUAAGAGCUAAGGACUCCAAAGGUGCUUACAGCCCUAUUGUAUAUGUAUACAUUGCUGUUUGUACUAGCUGUAAUGGACAUGGAAUGUGUACCAACAUCACAAGAGACAUUGAAUACAAUAAUGGAUAUUUUCAGAUAUUUGAAUGUAGCUGUUACCCAGCCUAUACAGGUAAUGUUACAUUCUGUAUACAUUAAAGGUAGUGUUAAACAUCACACAUAAUUUAUUCUUAAAUUUUAGGUGGAAUCAGUAACUCAGAGAUUAUAUUUUUAAUGAAAUAUUAAUGACAUUUUGUAAAAUGCAGUAUUUUUUGUUUUUUUUGUUGCUGGAACAAGGAAUGGUUUUGUAACCUAAAAUAAUUCAUAUAGAUCUGAACAUUUUACACCAUAGCUUCAUACCAAAGUUCACAUCCAAAAAUAUUUUUUUAUUGUGUGUGUGUUUGUUCAUUAUAUAUAAUUAUGUUUUGUAUUUAGAUGCAAUAAAUAUGUAAAAUCAUAAAUACUUAAAAGAAUGUUAAACAACUUAUAGGUGCUGAUUGUGAGUCAGAGUUGGAUGCCUGUGCAAGUAAACCAUGUUCUGUAGAUCAGGAAUGUACAGAUCUGACAGCAGCUCAACAAGGGAAUAAUCUCAUAGGAUAUGUGUGUGGUACUUGUCCUGAUGGAUAUAUUGCAUCGAAUGCUACAGAAAAUUGUAUUGGUGAGCAGAGUUCUUUCAUUGUAAACAUUUAAUAAUUUUUUAAAAAUAAAAAUAGCAAGGUAGUUUCUUUUUAUGAUUUAUCUUGUCUGCUAUUUGGUGCAAUGGUAACCUUACUUGUAGUGCCUUUUUUUAUAAAAUAUGAAAGAUAUUCUCGGCAAUAAAAUAUUCCUUUUAUUUAGCACCUCAGCCGGCUAAAUUGACAAAACGUAACCAACUUGGUGUGGGACUUAAAACUGUCUUUAAAUAUACAAAUAGAUGUAAUCUUUCCCAUUCAGAAUGUAAAACCAUAAUUGAUGUAAAAAAUUGAAAUAAAAAACUAUUUAUAAUGUGUUAUUUUAAGACAGUAAAUAUUUUGAUAGGCUUCAUUCAACCACAUUCUAUGGGAAAUAUCUUGUAUUGACAAAUUUAAUUAAAUGUCCCAGAUAUUGAUGAAUGUACAAACAAUAUCAGUGAAUGUCAACAUAAUUGUACCAAUACCAUUGGGUCCUACCAGUGUAGCUGUGGAGAUGGUUAUAGACUUGAUCUGUCUGACCAGAAAACUUGCAAAGGUAAUGUAAAAGUAUUUUAUUACUGGAUUUGUUGAAUUUAUUAACAAUUAAUAAUUGUUUAAAAAAUAAAGGUAAUCUUUUCUAUGUUUUGUUAUUGAGAGCUUUUUAAAAAAUUUACUUUUAUCAUUUGAUAAAAAAGUAAGAUAUUUUGUUGAUAACAUUACAAAAUUAGAAUUAUUUAUCUUGCUUCAGACAUCAAUGAAUGUGAAGAACAGACAGCCCGAUGUCAGCACAAAUGUAAGAACACAGAAGGCAGCUACAUCUGUUCCUGUUUGGAAGGCUAUAUACUCAAAUCUAAUGGCUAUAGUUGUGAACUA